UGGUAAAAUAAUUGCUUGCUUGUUUUUUUUGCGAGUUGAGGGCUACAGCGGACCAUCUCCUAUGACCUUCCCCUAAACCUCCCUCCCCUCUCCGCUCCCGAGUUCCGACCGACGCCCGUUACAUUUCGACCUCGGACACCGUCGCUGCUCGUAAUGGCGAUCCGAUUCGGUAUCAGUAAGACAUUUGGAAUUUCGUGAUUUUUGCAGAAAAGGAUAAGUAGUAGCUCCUUUUGGUGAGGGCGGCGGAGCGCCGCCUGUCGUCGUCGGCGGUGUGGAUGGGCGACCUCUUGGAGUUUUGAUGGAAGUUGCUCUUGUAAUUUUUGAGUCGAUAUAUGGAGGUGAAGCCUUCGCUUCCUCGUGGGGUUGCUGCAUUUCGUGGGUUGGUCGUGGCGCUUCAGAUAGUGUUGCUCCUGGUGAGUAUUGGUGGCACUGGUGCAGCACCUCAAGACAGAAAGCCUCAGCUUGGACAACAUUCUGAAAUUUGGGAGAAAGAUGCUUAUCGCACCCAUUCAUGCAUCCAUGAUGACAUACUGCAUCAGAGGCGGCAACCUGGGAGGAAAGAAUACUCGGUUACUCCUCAAGUUUAUCGUGAGUCCAGUAUGUCAGAUUCAGAUGUACAUCGCGGAAGAACUUUGCUUGACAUCUCUGCAUCAUCUUCAGCACAAAAGAAUGCAAAACAGCCUAUCCGUAUACUUCUAAACUAUGACGCUGUUGGGCAUACUUCCGACAGAGAUUGUCGAAAUGUUGGAGACUUGGUAAAGCAUGGUGAACCUCCUGCAGCAUCAAUUCCUAGGAUUCCCUUGUGCAAUUCGCUAAGAGAUCAACCAGUAUUUGCAGAUUGUUGGUACAACUGCACUUUCGAGGAUAUUCCAGGGGAGGACAAAAAGAAACGUCUUCAGAAGGCACUUGACCAAACUGCACAGUGGUUUAAAAGAGCUUUAGCUAUUGAACCUGUCAAGGGGAAUUUGCGGUUAAGUGGAUAUUCCGCAUGCGGACAGGAUGGUGGGGUGCAAAUUCCCCGUGAAUAUAUUGAAGAUGGUGUUGCUGAGGCAGAUCUGGUUCUCUUAGUAACUACCAGACCCACAACUGGCAACACUCUUGCUUGGGCAGUAGCAUGUGAGAGAGAUCAGUGGGGUCGUGCAAUUGCAGGCCAUGUAAAUGUGGCACCUCGUCAUUUAACUGCUGAUGCAGAAGCAUUGCUUUUGGCUACAUUGAUGCAUGAGGUUAUUCAUGUCUUGGGUUUCGAUCCUCAUGCCUUUGCACAUUUCCGCGAUGAGAGAAAAAGAAGGCAUAAGCAGGUCACUAUACAAAUUACGGAUGAGAAGAUUGGGCGCAUGGUCACACAUGUUGUCCUACCUCGAGUUAUUAUGCGUGCUAGAUAUCAUUAUGGUGCAUUUUCUGAAAACUUCACUGGUUUGGAGUUGGAAGAUGGAGGUGGUCGUGGUACAUCAGGUUCUCACUGGGAGAAAAGGCUUAUGAUGAAUGAAAUUAUGACAGGAUCGGUUGACACAAAAUCUGUAGUUUCACAGAUGACAUUGGCUCUCUUAGAGGAUAGUGGAUGGUACCAGGCUAAUUAUAGCAUGGCAGAAUGGCUUGAUUGGGGUUGGAACCAAGGAACUGAAUUUAUUACAUCUCCUUGCAACCAUUGGAAAGGGGCAUAUCAUUGCAACUCUACACAGUUGUCUGGUUGUACAUACAAUCGGGAAGCGGAAGGGUACUGUCCUAUUGUUAGUUAUAAUGGUGACUUGCCAAAAUGGGCUCAAUAUUUCCCACAGGCUAAUAAAGGUGGGCAAUCAUCUUUGGCAGACUAUUGUACCUAUUUUGUUGCUUAUUCUGAUGGUUCAUGUACAGACAGCACUAGUGCAAGAGCAUCAGACAAGAUGUUAGGUGAAGUCCGAGGAUUUAACUCCAGAUGUAUGGCAUCUUCAUUGGUGUGUACAGGCUUCAUUAGGGGAUCUAUGACCCAGGAAAAUGGCUGUUAUCAACAUAGAUGCAGCAACAAUUCUUUAGAGGUUGCUGUGGAUGGUAUCUGGAAGAUGUGCCCUGAAGCUGGUGGUCCUGUUCAGUUUCCUGAUUUUCAUGGUGAGCUGAUAUGCCCUCCACAUCACGAGUUAUGCAGCCAUCUGAAUGUAAAUGGACAGUGUUACAACUCUUGUAGUUUUAAUGGUGAUUGCAUUGAUGGGAAGUGCCAGUGCUUUCUAGGGUUUCAUGGCAAUGACUGCAGCAAAAAAUCAUGUCCAAGGAAGUGUAGUGGACAGGGCAUGUGCCAUCCAGAUGGCAUUUGUGUGUGCAAAAGUGGGUGGACUGGAAUUGACUGCUCUACAGCUGUAUGUGAUGAGCAGUGCAGUUUGCAUGGAGGAGUCUGUGACAAUGGCGUCUGUGAGUUCCGCUGUUCGGAUUAUGCAGGUUAUACUUGUCAGAAGAGCACGAGAUUGCUGCCAAGCCUCUCUAUCUGCAGUGAUGUGCUAGCUCGGAACAUUUUUGGACAACACUGUGCACCGAAUGAACCCAGCAUAGUGCAGCAGCUAGAAGCAGCAACAGUAAUGCCUAACUACAACAGAUUAAUGCCAGGCGGACGGACUCUUCUUAGUAUUCUGGACAAUGGCUACUGUGCAGCUGCCGCAAAACGACUCGCCUGCUGGAUCUCAAUCCAACGGUGUGACGAUGGAGGCAACAGGCUUCGCGUGUGCCACUCUGCUUGCCAAUCAUAUAACGCAGCAUGUGGAGCAACUCUUGACUGCUCUGACCAGACGCUUUUCAGUACAGAGGAAGGGGAUGAACAGUGUACAGGCUACGGUGAGACAAAACCUUGGUGGCAAAGACGCUUCAGCAGGCCCUACUCACAAUACUAGUGGCAAUUGUAAAGUUUUUAUUUUUAUAGUUUUUUUUUUACUCAUUUCGCUUACUCAUCCCCCAUUUUUAAGAGCAGCAACGCCUGUAUUUUGUUUGUCGGGGCGAGGUUCCAAUUUGACCGGCAAAAAUAGCCCUGUAAAGGGUUUCAUGGGUGUUUCUGAUAUACCAAGUAGGCUUUUUCAAAGAAUAAGCCGGAGCUACGCAGUAAUAUUUGAACGACACUAUGUACAUUGGAAGAAGGAGAUAUUAGUUAAAUUUACUAGUGUAGUCAUUUACUUGUUAUUA